AUGAAAAAAAUGGAAUAUAAAGGAAAGCAAUGGCAUGAUAAAUGCUUUUGUUGUGCAUUAUGUCGUACACCAAUUGGAACCAGAAGUUUUAUCCCGAAAAAUGAAGAAGUAUACUGCGCUAGUUGCUAUGAGGAGAAAUUUGCGACGAGAUGUUGCAAAUGUAAAAAAGUGAUAACAACAGGUGGUGUUACAUACAAAAAUGAACCAUGGCAUCGUGAAUGUUUUUGUUGCACCAACUGUGAUACAUCACUUGCUGGUCAACGAUUUACUUCGAAAGACGAAAAACCGUAUUGUGCUAACUGUUAUGGCGAAUUAUUUGCCAAACGAUGCAACGCAUGUGAAAAACCGAUUACUGGAAUUGGUGGCGCAAAAUUCAUUUCGUUCGAAGAUCGCCAUUGGCAUAACGAAUGUUUUGUAUGCGCUCAAUGUAGAACUUCACUUGUCGGAAAGGGUUUUAUAACCGAUGGUACCGAUAUUUUGUGCCCUGAAUGUGCUAAGGCACGACUAAUGGCAGCUCAUUCCUAA